ACCCUGAAAUCGCGUCAGGGAUGUUUCUUUGACUUCUCGGUGCCCCGCCUCUAAUUCUCAUGAAAAUAGGCCAACGACCGACGUGAUUUGUUGUAUUGUUUCGAAAUUGUGAUCUUUCGAUUAAUUGGUUAUGAUACCGGCAUUCGGGAACAUUCGGGAAAUGGCGGGCAAAUGGAUAGCUCGCGGUCGUGUUUGUCACUAUCGGGAAGUACGAGUUUGACGGAGAUUUUAGAUUCUUUUUUCGCGUCGAAGCAUAGUUUGGUGAUGUAUAUUUAUACGCUCCUGGCGACGCGAUGAGAAUACGCGCACGAGCAUCCGCAAGAUGUUUUAUUUAUGUCCUUGUGAUUUUUGUCGCGAGGCGAGGGUGUCGUCUGAAUUUUUCUCCCCAAAAAUGUUGCUAAAAGUCGAGGGACGGAAACGCGAGAUGGAUCGCCCGUAUGAAAUAUGGACGGCAGUGGUAAUUCUAGAGAUGGAGAUGCGGCUGUUCAAAGAAAUUCACAGCAAGCAGGUUCUACAAAAAAGCUGCAACAGACCCAAGCAACCGUGGAUGAGGUUGUGGGUAUCAUGAAAGUAAAUGUGGAAAAAGUAUUGGAAAGAGACCAGAAAUUAUCAGAAUUGGAGAAUCGUGCAGAUGCUCUGAAACAGGGAGCCACUCAAUUCGAACAGCAGGCAGGCAAAUUGAAGCGAAAGUAUUGGUGGAAAAAUCUGAAAAUGAUGAUCAUCAUUGGCAUCAUCUGCGUUGUUAUCUUGAUUAUCAUCAUCGCUUCGGUCGUACCAGGAUCGUCGGAUUCAGACAGUCCUAAUUAAAAAACAUUGUACCAAAAAUGGUACAGUGUUCAGGGGUUGUUAAUUUAUGUCCUAGAACAAAAGUUAACUAUGGUAAAGUAAGUGCUGGGCAUACAAAGUUAGAAAUAACGCGAUUAUUAAUUAUUAACGAUCUACGGGGUACAUUUAAAAGAGUUAUCGUCCAUAAAACGCACAAAAAAGUGUUAUGCGAAACUAUAUUUUUGAGACUUAAACUUUUUCAUACAAAAAAAAAACGCACAACUAUUAGACUAACUUCAGUAUUAAUACGGGUGGCCUUUUGUAAACCAUAAAUGGACAAUACAUUUCAUAAUGUUAUCUUGUUGGAAUACUUAUUGUACAUUUAUUAAUGAUAUACAUAAUAUAUAAUAUAACGUUUAUACUUUUUCUC